AAAACGUCAAGCAUUCCCUCAUCAGACUUCUUUCCCUCCACCACAUCGACACACCUUCCACCCAAGUCAUUACACCCCCCCUCUUCACUCUCCUUCCCCCGAGCAAAAGCAAGAAAGCGAGAAAGACGUUAGGAAAAGGCAAACACAAUGGCCGAAACGAUCCUCCCCCUCGAACUGAUCGAUAAGUGUAUCGGCUCCCCUAUCUGGGUGCUCAUGAAGAAUGAACGAGAGUUCUCGGGGACGUUGAUGGGGUUUGAUGAUUUUGUUAGUACGUUACCCAAGUCUUCCGCCUCUAUCUUUCUCCGUCUGGCUUUCUCGAAUUCGAAAGCAAGUUUGAAGGCUGGAUGCUGAUGGGGUUCAUAGAUAUGGUGCUCAAAGAUGUCAAGGAAUAUGAGGUGACGAAAGAGGGCAUCAAAGAGACGGAUCUGGGAGAUACGCUGUUGAAUGGAAACAACAUUGCUAUGCUCAUACCAGGCGGGAAGGGGCCUCAAUAAGACGCCUUUCGUUGUCGUUGGGGAUUAGACACUGUGAAGAAGGUAGGGAGGAUUCGGACGGAGCGGAGGGCAUGGGCAUGAGAGUGGGAGAGAGUGGGACAGAUGGAGGAAGGGGUGCUGGAAUGUAUUAACUAUCAAUAUGACAGGACAGAUGGAGGAAUGUUUGCAGGCCUGUGGUGUAUACUGUCGAGAGGUG